UCGUAUUUAGACCAAUCGUGGUAGAGGUUGUUGAAAGCCAAUAAGGAGUCGUAAUUCUCGCAGGUUGUUUUCGGAUUGCGCGUGCGUGCCUUCUACAGAAGGUACACAAGGCAAAUAAACUGUUUUCAACGCAGAAUUUAAUAUGGAUGCUCAAAAAGAUGUGCAACCGCCUAAACAGCAACCCAUGAUUUACAUAUGUGGAGAAUGUCACACAGAAAACGAAAUCAAAGCCAGAGACCCCAUCAGAUGCAGAGAGUGUGGUUACAGAAUAAUGUACAAGAAAAGAACGAAAAGAUUGGUUGUAUUUGAUGCCCGAUGAACCUUCCCAGCCCAUGGAUAUACUUUUCCCUGCUCACUUUUAUUUUGAUCUUUCAGUUUCAUAAUUAUUGCAUGUUUCAUACUUUGGGAAUAAAAAAAUGCUGUUAAGA